UUUACUCCAGCCUCCGCCCUUCUCAGCCAAUCGCAUCAGCACUUUCUCCUCCUGCCCUAACAACAGCUUCAAAGCCGAUCGGCGCACAACUCGAAUUAAUCCGGGGCCGCAAAAUCGACGUUUUUUCUCAGGCUUGCAUACUACCUUUUCGCCCACCUCGACGACGAAGCAACACCUCACCCCUCCUCACGUUCAGGUCCAAACGCAAAGAUGCGCUACAUCCACAGUGAGGAGACCCUCGAGGUCCCGGAGAACGUCAAGGUCUCGAUUAAGUCGAGGCUCGUUACGGUCGAGGGCCCCCGCGGCAAGCUCGUCAAGGACCUGAGCCACAUCGCCGUCAGCUUCUCGUCCCCCAAGAAGAACCUGAUCGGCAUUGAGAUCCACCAUGGCGUCCGCAAGAACGUUGCCGCCCUCCGUACCGUCCGGACCAUCAUCAACAACCUCAUCACUGGCGUGACCAAGGGGUUCAAGUACAAGAUGCGCUACGUCUACGCCCAUUUUCCCAUCAACGUCAACCUGGACAAGAACGCCGAGACUGGCAACUGGGAGGUCGAGAUCCGUAACUUCAUCGGCGAGAAGAUCGUCCGGAAUGUCGUGAUGCAGCCCGGUGUCGAGGCCGAGAUCUCGAAGAACCAGAAGGAUGAGCUGGUCCUUUUCGGUAACUCGCUCGAGGCUGUCUCGCAAAGCGCUGCGGACAUCCAGCAGAUUUGCAGGGUGCGGAACAAGGAUAUCCGGAAGUUCUUGGACGGUCUCUACGUCUCGGAGAAGGGCAACGUGGUUGAUGAGUGAUGGACACGCAGCCAUGGGUUUCUUUGUGCUUUAUGGGUCUCAACCGGAGUGGCAAGGGGUCAAUGGGCAUUUGCAUGUUUUGUAGCGUAAAAGUCGCUACUGCAAAAUGGGCAACCUUCUGAACCACAAGUGCUGGGGGAGUGGGGUGCACGCGCCAAUACCCGCCGUUCUCGGGCUGCCUCGCUCUGCAGAGCUAAUGAUGACGGAUCCCCGGCCAGCCGCGGCUACAGGCUCGUCUUGGACUGGUGGUUCAGUUUUUUGGGGGAAGCGAUCAGUUGAUAUACCUCGAUACCUCGAUACCUCAAAGCCUACUUCCGCAAGGGAUACAAAAUGUACAUCAGAACGGCACUGUUGAGAGAGAUUGUUC